CUUGUAUGUUUUUCAUAUUCGAAUUAUCACAUGUUUCAAAGAAAAUCUGUUUUGUAAUUUUUUAAAGUUUUAUGUUCAAUCAUGGCUCUUCGACAUGUCUUAAAAAGAACAACCAUCUGGUCAAGAAUAAUUGUUGGUCGAAAUUUUUGCAAUAGUAAUGUAAAAUUAACAUCCAAAACUAAAAAUGACUUGGAAUCGUUCAAGAACAAACUGAGCGAAGGACCUUCAUUCUCCGAUUUUGUUCAAGGAAAUGCGUCAUCAAUUAAUACUACUGCGUCAAUUGAUAAAGAAAAACACGGGAAAUCUGUAUACUUUGAAACCUACGGUUGUCAAAUGAAUGUAAACGAUACCGAAGUGGCUUGGUCAAUAUUAAAUAAAAAUGGUUAUUCAAAGUCUAUAGAUAUAGCAAGUGCUAAUGUCGUAUUGUUGAUGACUUGUUCUAUAAGAGAAGGAGCCGAAACAAAAAUAUGGAAAAGAUUAAAUUAUCUUAAGUCUAUUAAAAAAUUGAAAAGAAGGAAGAAGGAAAACUUUCAAAUAUGUAUUUUAGGAUGUAUGGCUGAAAGAUUAAAGAAAGAUCUUCUUGAUCAUGUUGAUGUAAUUUGUGGUCCUGAUGCCUAUAAGGAUUUACCAAAUCUUUUACACAAAUCUUCUAUGUUAGGAGCUUCAGCUAUGAACGUAGCCUUAUCUCUUGAAGAAACUUACGCUGAUGUAACGCCUCUUAGAUUGAAUGAAUCAUCAGUUUCAGCUUUUGCAGGAUGCGACAACAUGUGCUCGUAUUGCAUCGUUCCAUUUACGAGAGGAAGAGAGCGCAGCAGGCCAAUGGAUUCAAUCAUCAAUGAAAUUGAACAAAUAGCUGAUCAAGGCGUGAAAGAAGUUACUUUACUUGGUCAAAAUGUUAAUAGUUAUCGUGAUACUUCGUCAGGAGGUGGUUCCUAUGUUACUAAAACUAGUUCUGGUUUUAGAACAAUAUACAAACCGAAGAAGGGUGGAAAAAGAUUUGCCGAAUUGAUAAGUACAAUAGCAGAUAGGGUUCCAGAUAUGAGAAUUCGUUUUACAUCACCUCACCCUAAAGACUUUCCGGAUGAGUUAAUUUACGCUAUCAAAGAAUAUCCGAAUAUAUGUAAACAAAUUCAUCUACCUGCUCAAAGUGGAAGCUCUAAAGUAUUAGACGAUAUGAGAAGAGGAUAUACCAGAGAGGCAUACCUUGAACUUGUCGAUCAUAUACGAAGUAUUGUACCAGGUAUUAAAACUUAUAUAGCACUUAGUAGCGAUUUUAUUGCCGGUUUUUGCGGUGAAACUGAGGAAGAUCACUUAGAAACUUUAUCUCUAAUGAAAUUAGUGAAAUACAAUUACUCUUUCUGUUUUCCUUACUCGCUUAGAGGUAAAACUAGAGCAUAUCAUCGUUUAAAUGACGACGUUCCGCAAGAAGUUAAAUCUAGAAGACAUAUGGAAUUAAUUGAUCAAUUUCGAAAGGACGCUCUAGAAAUUAACCAAGGAUUCAUCAAUGAAGAACAGUUAGUUCUAAUUGAAUGUGAUAGUAAGAGAAGUGAAUUAGAUUGGGCAGGCCGAAAUGAUCAAAACGUAAAAGUUAUUCUUCCUAAACAAGAAGUAUACGAUAGUGAAAAGGGAAUUCAGAGAAACAUCGAAAUUGGUGACUUUGUGGCGGUAAAGAUAAAUUCGGCAACAUCUCAAACUCUUAAAGGCGAUCCAAUUAGAAUUUCUAGUAUUAGAGAAUGGAAUAAUUUGAAAGAUGCUGAGAGAAUAAACAACUAUUCAAGUUGA